CAGUUCCUAGGCUUUGGCUCAGAUGAUGAGGCCAAAGGACAAAGUUCUGCCAAGUCUCCUACAGUCAAAGCUAGCGCACGCAAACCUCGUGGGCGACCCCGAAACACUUCAGACAGAACCACAGUCGUACUCUCAGAGUCUUUGCCAGUGCAUUUGCCUUCAAGCAAGCCAGAACCCACACCCAUGGAAAAAAUCAGGACAAACGGAGAAAAGCGGCGAGGGAGACCUCCUGCACUUACCAGUGUGAAGUUCAAAAUCGCCCGCAAAGAGGGCUUUCCCAGUGCCCAGAAGGGAAGCAAGGAAGAAAAAGAGAAUCUAAAGAAAAUAAAGCGGGCGCCAUCCUCUGCGUUUCAGCACGCUGCAAAGAUUAAGAAAUUAAGGGCAGGCAAACUGUCCCCACUGAAGUCCCAGUUCAAACUUGGAAGGAAUGGGGUGCAGAUAGUGCGCAGGAGGGGACGGCCGCCCUCUUCGGACCGCUUAAAGACCAUGCCGGCUCUUGUUGUGAGCUCCCAGUUGGAGAAGGCCCAGCGAGUUCGGAAAGAGAAAGAUGGUGCUCCACCCCACCCAAAAGAGGAGAAGCCGGCGGUCAGACAGAGUCCUCGCCGGCCGGUCAGGAUGAUUCCUUCCUCCAAACGCACAGAUGCUACCAUUGCCAAGCAGCUUCUGCAGAGGGCCAGGAAAGGGGCCCAAAAGAAGAUCGAGAAGGAAGCUGCCAAGUUGCAGGGCCGGAAGGGGAGGACACAGCUGAAGAACAUCCGACAGUUCAUCAUGCCCGUGGUGAGUGCAAUCUCUUCUAGGAUCAUCAAAACACCCAAGCGCUUCAUCGAGGAUGAAGACUACGACCCCCCCAUCAAGAUCGCACGGUUAGAGUCCACCCCCAACAGCCGCUUCAGUGCGACCUCGUGUGAGUCCAGCGAGAAGUCCAGCGGGGCAUCUCAGCUCUCCUUUCAGCUCUCUUCGGACUCCUCGCGGUCCAGCAGUCCCAGUGUCGAUACAUCCACUGAUUCUCAGGCCUCGGAAGAGAUGCAGGCUCUGUCGGAAGAGUGCAACAAUCCUCCAGAAGUCCAUUCUUCGUUGCCCAUCUCCCCGUCCCCCGAUAACGAGAGUGGUGAGAGGAGGAGGAGGAGGUUUUCAAUGGGAGAAAGAAAUUUUGUGCCCAAAGCUGCUAAAAAACUGCCCAGCCUCCAAAAUGUAUCCCAGCAACAGCCCUCCUCCUCCUCCCCUCCUCCACCGCUCCUCAGCCCGCCCCCGCCCCUGCAGCCGCCUGCCGGCAUCUCUGACCAUGCUCCAUGGCUGAUGCCUCCCACCAUUCCUUUGGCGUCGCCCUUUUUGCCCUCCUCAGCGACCCCGACGCAAGAGAAGCGGAAGUCCAUUCUCCGAGAGCCGACGUUCCGCUGGACCUCCCUGAAGCAUUCUCGGUCUGAGCCCCAGUACUUCUCCUCGGCCAAGUAUGCCAAAGAAGGGCUCAUCCGCAAGCCUAUCUUCGACAACUUCCGCCCGCCACCACUCACCCCCGAGGACGUUGGCUUUGCCUCUGGCUUUUCAGCCGCCGGGGCCACUGCUCCUGCCCGCUUGUUCUCACCGCUCCACUCCGGAACCAGGUUUGAUCUACACAAGAGAAGCCCGCUGCUGCGGGCUCCCAGGUUCACCCCGAGCGAGGCCCACUCGCGCAUCUUUGAGUCCGUCACGCUGCCUUCAUCCGUUGGUCGAAGCGCUGCCGGAAGCAAUGCAGCGGUGGCCUCCUUGAGAAAGCGCGGGCGGAGAGUGUUCAGCCCCAUUCGCUCCGAGCCAAGGUCUCCUUCGCACUCCAUGAGGACAAGAAGUGGGAGACUGAGCACCUCCGAUCUGUCCUCUCUCACGCCGUCGGCAUCGGUCUCCUCCUCCCUAGCAAGCAUUUCAGUGGCUUCCCUGAGCACCAGUGCCUUAAACUCUGCCACAUUCACCUUUCCUUCCCAUUCCCUCUCCCAGCCUGGGGAGUCAGCUGAGAAGAGUCCAAGACCAAGGAAGCAGGCCAGCAUUCCAGCCGAGCCCUUCUCCUCCAGCGGUCCUGCUCCCCUCUUUCCAUGGUUCACACCAAGUUCCCAGACAGAGCGGGGCAGGAACAAAGACAAAGCCAUCGAGGAAGCCUCCAAAGAUAAAGAAAGUGACAAAGGUCUUGAGAAGGAGAAGAGCAGGGAAAGGGACAGGGAAAGAGAGAAAGAAAACAAGCGGGAGUCCAGGAAGGAGAAGCGGAAAAAGGAUCCUGAAAGCCAGAGCAGCUCUACGAUGUUUCCCUUGGCUCGUGUUUCCAAAGGAAAAGUUGUCAGCGAAGAUGUGGCUGUUUCUUCUUCUGCCAAAAAACCUGCAGGACGGAAGAAAGCAGCAAUGGCAACCGCUGAUCCGGCAGCAGACGUGCCACCAGUGGUUCUUGUGGACUCUGCCGCCGCCAUCGUCAAAACCAAGCUACCCAAGAAAAGCCGAGGGGGGCUAGAAAAAUCUGGCCUGGAACUUGGCCUGGCCUCCCCUACACCACAAAAGGAAGACUCCCUGCGUCUCCCUGCCACUGCAGUCAGCAUUGUGAAGCAUUCCUCCAUCAGCUCAGUGUUGGCUCACGCAGACAAGCUCCCAAUGACCGACAAGAGGGUGGCCAGCCUCCUGAAGAAAGCAAAGGCUCAGCUGUACAAGAUUGAGAAGAGCAAGUCCCUCAAGCAAACGGAUCAGCCAAAAGGACAGGGUCAGGAGAGCGAUUCCUCAGAGACUUCUGUGCGAGGGCCGCGCAUCAAACACGUCUGCCGAAGGGCAGCUGUGGCACUAGGCCGCAAGCGAGCGGUGUUCCCGGACGACAUGCCCACCCUGAGUGCCUUACCAUGGGAGGAACGGGAGAAAAUACUCUCUUCCAUGGGGAAUGAUGACAAGUCCUCGGUUGCUGGCUCAGAAGAUGCUGAGCCUCUUGCACCUCCCAUCAAGCCUGUUAAGCCGGUCACCAGGAACAAGGCGCCUCAGGAGCCUCCCGUGAAGAAGGGCCGGCGGUCGCGGCGCUGUGGGCAGUGCCCAGGCUGCCAGGUGCCAGAGGACUGCGGAGUGUGCACAAAUUGCCUGGAUAAGCCAAAGUUUGGUGGGCGGAACAUUAAGAAGCAGUGCUGCAAGAUGAGGAAAUGUCAGAAUUUGCAGUGGAUGCCAUCAAAAGCCUAUCUGCAGAAGCAAGCCAAAGCUGUGAAAAAGAAAGAGAAGAAAUCCAAGUCAAAUGACAAGAAAGAGAGCCAGGUUGGGAAGGCCCAGCCGGAGCCUGGGCAGAAGGCAGCAGCCCCCACACUUGUCCCAGUGAAGGAGGAUCAUGCCCCCAAGAGGGGCAGUGAGCCUGCGCGGAAGCCAAGUGAGGAGGGGCCGCUGCCACAGCCACCCCUUCCAGAUGCUAAACAGACCCCUCCUCCUGUGGCUCCUCCCCGGAAAACUGGCAAACAGGCACUGCCCCCUCAGCAGGGGCCCCCCACCCUGCCUCCCAGCGCAGGCCCACCCAAGAAGGAAGCCCCCAAAACUGUUCCAGCCGAGCCCAAGAAGAAGCCAGCUCCAGUGCCAGAGCCAGGCGUAGAGCAGAGCAAACAGAAGAAAGUCACUCCUCGACCAAGUUUACCAGUGAAACAGAAACCAAAAGAAAAGGAAAAGCCCCCUCCGGCCAAUAAACCAGAGAACAGCACACUCAACCUGCUGAGCACUUUAUCGAAUGGAAGCAGUUCCAAGCAGAAGCCCCUGACGGAUGGCAUCCAUAGGAUCCGCGUGGAUUUCAAGGAGGACUGCGAGGCUGAGAACGUGUGGGAAAUGGGUGGCUUGGGUAUCCUGACCUCCAUCCCUAUAACCCCCCGAGUGGUCUGCUUCCUUUGUGCCAGCAGUGGGCAUGUGGAGUUUGUGUAUUGUCAGGUGUGCUGUGAACCUUUCCACAAAUUCUGUUUAGAGGACAGUGAGCGCCCCCUGGAGGACCAGUUGGAGAACUGGUGCUGUCGUCGCUGCAAGUUCUGCCAUGUGUGUGGGAGGCAGCAUCAGGCCACCAAGCUGCUGGAGUGUAACAAGUGCCGAAACAGCUACCACCCAGAGUGCCUGGGACCCAACUAUCCAACAAAGCCUACCAAGAAGAAGAAGGUCUGGAUCUGUACCAAAUGUGUUCGCUGCAAGAGCUGUGGGGCAACAACGCCAGGCAAAGGGUGGGAUGCCCAGUGGUCUCAUGACUUCUCUCUGUGCCAUGACUGUGCGAAGCUCUUUGCUAAAGGGAACUUCUGCCCGCUCUGUGACAAGUGCUAUGAUGACGACGACUAUGAGAGCAAGAUGAUGCAGUGUGGGAAGUGCGAUCGCUGGGUCCAUUCCAAGUGCGAAAACCUCUCCGAUGAGAUGUACGAGAUCCUCUCCAACCUUCCUGAGAGUGUGGCUUACACCUGCAUCAACUGCACAGAGCAGCACCCGGCCGAAUGGCGACUGGCCCUGGAGAAGGAGCUGCAGCUUUCUUUGAGACAGGUCCUCACAGCCCUGCUCAAUUCCAGGACGACCAGCCACUUGCUGCGUUAUCGACAGGCAGCCAAACCCCCUGACCUAAAUCCUGAGACAGAGGAGAAUGUCCCAUCCCGAAGUUCUCCAGAAGGUCCGGACCCUCCUGUGCUGACAGAAGUCAGCAAGCAGGAAGAACAGCAGCCCCUGGACCUGGAGGGAGUGAAAAGGAAGAUGGAUCAGGGGGGGUAUACUUCUGUGCUGGAGUUUAGUGAUGAUAUUGUAAAGAUAAUCCAAGCAGCUAUUAAUGCCGACGGAGGGCAGCCGGAACUUAAGAAGGCCAACAGCAUGGUGAAGACCUUCUUUAUUCGGCAAAUGGAGCGGGUAUUUCCAUGGUUCAGUGUGAAGAAAUCAAGAUUUUGGGAACCAAAUAAAGUCACGGCCAACAGUGGGAUGCUGCCAAAUGCCGUCUUGCCCCCAUCCCUUGACCACAACUAUGCACAGUGGCAGGAGCGUGAGGAAAACAGUUGUGCUCAACAGCCCCCGCUGAUGAAGAAGAUCAUUCCAGCGCCAAAACCCAAAGGGCCUGGAGAGCCGGACUCCCCGACUCCGCUGCACCCUCCUACACCGCCGAUAUCCAGUGCUGACAGAAGCCGGGAGGACAGCCCAGAACUCGCCCCACCUCCAGAUGUGGAAGACAACCGGCAGUGUGCACUUUGCCUGAAGUAUGGUGACGAUGGAGGGAACGACGCUGGCCGUCUGCUCUACAUUGGCCAGAACGAGUGGACCCAUGUGAACUGUGCCCUGUGGUCAGCCGAAGUGUUUGAGGACGAUGACGGCUCCCUAAAGAAUGUGCACGUGGCAGUGAUCCGAGGGAAGCAGCUGAGAUGUGAGUUUUGCCAGAAGUCAGGGGCCACAGUGGGCUGCUGCCUGACCUCCUGCACAAGCAACUACCACUUCAUGUGCUCCCGGGCCAAACACUGUGUCUUCCUAGAGGAUAAGAAAGUGUACUGCCAGCGCCACAGAGACCUGAUCAAGGGAGAGGUGGUUCCUGAGAAUGGCUUUGAGGUGCUGAGAAGAGUCUAUGUGGACUUCGAGGGGAUUAGCCUGAGGCGAAAAUUUCUUAAUGGUCUCGAACCAGAGAAUAUCCACAUGAUGAUCGGGUCAAUGACCAUUGACUGUCUCGGGAUGCUGAGCGACCUCUCCGACUGUGAAGACAAGCUCUUCCCCGUCGGCUACCAAUGCUCCCGGGUGUACUGGAGCACGACCGACGCCCGGAAGCGCUGCGUGUACACUUGCAAGAUCAUGGAGUGCCGUCCCCCAAUCCUGGAGCCAGACAUCAACAGAACUGUAGAGCACGGCGACAACCGGACAAUUGCGCACAGCCCAGGGCCCCUUCCAGAUGAAAUGCCAGCCAGAGAGGGCCAUGCCGUAUCAGCUGUGGCGAGCCCUCUGUCUUCAGACCUUCCUCCACAUUCUCAGAACUGCAAGACUCUGCGGGUUAGAACACCGAGUUUCUCCCCUGCCCAGCGAUCGCCAGGUUCAAGGCCGUUGCCCUCUGCAGGGAGCCCCACUCCUAUGACGCACGAGAUCGUGACCGUGGGAGACCCACUGCUGUCAUCUGGACUUCGGAGCAUCGGCUCCAGGAGGCACAGCGCCUCCCCGCUGUCCCCCACCCAGCCACCAAGGCCCUGGAUGCCGCCUGCCACCCGAGCCGGGGCCACGGCCUCGAGGCACAGCAUCUCCGUGGUGCCGAGCCUGGGGCCUUCCCCGGAGCGUGACGUGAUCGCAAAGCUUGCCGAGCACCCUGCGGGCCCCGCAGCCUUGCGUGCCACCAUGCAGAACAGCUCUGCCCCUCCCGGGUGCCAGAGGCCGGCAGCAGUGAGCGGAAGCAAGGGCACCCCUCCUGUGGAGGGACUCCCAUCCUUUGCGGCAGGGCCUGUUGGGGCGGCAGAGAAAGGCAAGCUGGUGGGCUCCAAAGACACUGGCAUGUCUGCCGGGGUCUCGAAGCCGGGCACGCAGGGGCAGAGCGUGGAGCUGCCCAGCAAAGUGGGGAAGCUGGCAGAGCCCCCUCCCGGCCACUUCGCUUCCAAGGAACCAGCAGCGUUUUCCCUGCCAGCUCAGAAGCCCCCAAAGAAGGAGCAGGAGCAGCAGGUGGAGCUCGUGCAGCCAGAGAAGCACUGCUCGUCCGAGGACCCAGAGGCAAAGGCCUCCUCUGUGUUUUCUGGGGCAAGCCACCGGCCUCCCCUCCUGAGUGACCCCACACUUUGUGUGGGCAAGGACAGGAGGCAGAAAAUGAAAAGGGGGGCAAAGGAGAGACACUCCAGCAAGCUUUUUGCAAGUAUGGGUCUUCUCCCAGCUUGCAACAGAGGAGUUGCUGAGCCCGAAUUUGUUCAUCAGGCCGAGCUCGUUAACCAGCGGCACUGCAACAACAUUGCUGCCGAGAAGGCUGCAGACACCACUCAGCUUAGCCAGAGGACACCCAGCGCUCCUUUCCAGGCCGAGCUGGCCGCAUCCAAGGACCUGCAGGCUUCCCAGAAGCGUACAGUGAAAGUAACUCUGACCCCACUCAAGAUGGAAGGCGAGAGCCAGUCCAAGAACGUUCCAAGAGAGAGCGAGGCCGACCCUCAGGCAAAGGAGAGCAGGCCGGUUUCUCUGGCGCAGUCUUCCUCUUCAGCCCUGGAGCUGCCAGGCAGUGACUGUGCCAUCCCGGAAAGCCAGAGUGGUGCCGCAGCGCCAGAGGCCCCGGCCAGCCUCUACCAGAGUCUUCCUGUUCAAGGAAGCAGCUUGAUGCUCCCGGAUGGCACCAAAGCGCAGGAAGAUGGGGCCUACAAGCGGCGGUACCCCCGGCGCAGUGCCCGGGCCAGAUCCAACAUGUUCUUUGGACUAACUCCCUUGUACGGUGUGAGAUCUUAUGGUGAGGAAGACAUUCCCUUUUACAGCAACUCCACUGGCAAGAAGCGGGGAAAGCGCUCUGCCGAGGGACAGGUGGACGGUGCUGACGACCUCAGCACCUCGGAUGAGGAUGACCUGUACUAUUACAACUUCACCCGGACAGUGGUCUCAAGCGCUGAAGAACACCUCGCACCCCACAACUUGUUCCGGGAAGAGGAGCACCUCAGUCUUCCCAAGAUCUCCCAGCUUGAUGGCGUGGAUGAUGGAACAGAGAGCGAUACCAGCAUCACAGUGACAUCGAGAAAAGUCAAUCCCAUCACCAAAAGGAGCAGCAAAGAAAAUGGGACUGAAAGCCUCAAACUGGAUCGCAGCGAAGACAGUGGUGCGGAGAAAGCGCAAGUGACCAAGAGCGCCACUGGACACAAAACUGCCGAGCCCAAGCUGGAGAACUGCCGGGUCAAAGCGCCAAGUCAGGAUUCUCUGGAAGCGCAGCUGAGCUCCUUGGAGUCGCCUGCCAGCCGUCGAACCCGCGCCGGGGCCGAACCUUCGGAGAAGAACCUGCUUGACCCCUUCGGCACGGAGCUGCUCAAGUCUGACUCGGACAACAACAACAGUGAUGACUGCGGCAACAUCCUCCCGUCGGACAUCAUGGACUUUGUCCUGAAAAACACGCCCUCGAUGCAGGCCCUGGGGGAGAGCCCUGAGUCCUCGUCCUCCGAGCUCCUCACCCUGGGGGAAGGGCUGGGCCUCGACAGCAACCGCAGCAAGGACAUGGGCCUCUUCGAGGUCUUCUCCCAGCAGCUGCCCACAGCGGAGCCCGUCGACAGCAGUGUCUCCUCGUCCAUCUCCGCAGAAGAGCAGUUUGAGUUGCCCUUGGAAUUGCCCUCGGACCUCUCUGUCCUGACCACGCGCAGCCCUGCAGUGCCCAGUCAGAGCCAUGGCCGGCUCGCCGUCAUUUCCGAGGCUUCCCUCUCCGCCUCCGGGGAACGGUCCAUGCUGGCCUUGCCUCCCACCGAGUCUGCUGAGAAGAGAGUGACUGUCACAGAAAAGUCUGCCUCGAGCGAUGGAGAGCCAGCCCUGCUGAGCCCGCGAGUGGAACCAAGCCCCGACGGGCCCUUGACCCCCGACCCCUUCAUUCAGGGUCACAUGGACACAGAGCACAUCGCCAGCCCCCCCUGCGGGCCGGUGGAAGCCAGCCACGGACCCAGCCAAGAUUUGGCCAGGAACAGCGGGACGCCGGGGCUCCAGGUCCCUGUGUCCCCAACCCUCCCGCUUCAGGCGUCCAAGUAUGGUGGGCCAAACGCAGCCGACGGCGCCGGCCCCUCUCAGAUCUCCAACGCCGCUGUGCAAACCGCCCCGCUCCACCUCAAGGCAGCAGCGGAAAAGCUGCUGGUGGUCAACCAGAACAUGCAGCCCUUGUAUGUCCUGCAGACCCUCCCCAACGGGGUCACGCAGAAGAUCCAGCUCACCUCCUCCGUCGGCUCAGCGCAGGGGGUGAUGGAGCCCAGCGCGUCCGUGCUUGGGCCGAUGGGCACCACGGGGCUUGCCCUGGCGGCGGGGCUGAGCCCCAGCCUGCCCUCCUCCUCCCAGCCGCUCUUUCCGCCCACCAGCAAGGGGCUGCUGCCCAUGCCCCACCACCAGCACUUGCACUCGUUCUCCGCGGCGCCUCCAGGAGGCUUCCCGCCGGCCCUUGGCAACCCGCCCUCAGGCCUCCUGAUCGGCGUCCAGCAGCCGCCCGACCCCGACGCAAACCAGCGGGCCGAUGUUGGGGCUGCGGCCAGCACACCGCCCUCCUGCCUCAGCAAGAAGCGACCGAUCGCACGCCUGCAGUCACGGAAGAGCAAGAAGCUGGCCAUCGCCCCCUCAGACAUGGCGUCCAACAUGACGCUCAUCAACUUCUCUCAGUCCCAGCUCUCCUCUGGACACCCGGGCCUGCUCGAUCUGGGGGCCGUCGGGGCCCCUGCCUCGCACCGAACGGUCCCCAACAUUAUCAAGCGCUCCAAGACGGGCGUGAUGUACUUCGAGCAGGCUGCUCUCUUGCCGCAGGGGGUGGGAGCUUCUGCCGCGUCAGCCGUGGUGGGCACGCCUGCUAGUGUGACUGGGCCAGAGGCCGGGCACCUUGCGGCAGGCCCAGGACCAAGCCUCGCCUCGGCCCCCUCGGUGCUGAACGUGGUGUCCAUGCCCACCCCCUCCGUGCCCACCACAGGCACGUCCAUCCCUGGGCAGCAUGUCCUGGGCCGGGGCUCCCUGGCCUUAGCAAGCCCGGGGCUGCCGGCAGUCUCUGACAUGGGCUCCCUCAGCAGCCUCCUCAUCAAAGCCACGCAGCAGGGCCUGGCUCUCCCGGAGCAGCCAGCUGCAGGGCCACCCUCUGACGCCGGGCUCUUUCCACCACUGGGCAGCACUUCCUCGUCAGCUCAGUCCACCUCCUCGGCCACAGCAUCCGCACCCAGCCUCUGCGUCUUGCCUUCCGCCCAGUCCAUCGGCCUGACCACUGAGCCCGAAGGCUCUUACCAGCCCGGCCCUCUGACCCAGCUCCUGGCCAGCAAACCCGGGACCGUUCCCCCGCCGGUGGAUAUCCCUGCGCCCCAAGCCCCUCCCCUGCCAAGCUUUCUCCCGUUGGUGGACAAGCCACUCUCCGCGGCCACGCAGGCCAGCUCUGCUCCCGGGAGCUCCCCUUCUGCCGAGCAGUCCCCUGGCAGCUGUCCCGGGCUGGCACCCCUGAAGACGAAGCCCAAGGUCAAACGGCUCCAGCCCUCAGUGGAGAGCAGGGCGCCUGGGAAGAAGCACAAGAUGGCACACCUCUGGACCAGCUCCACCGAGACACACGCCCCCCAGCGAGGCAGCGGUGUGGCUGCCCAGGACUCGAGUGGAGGGAUUUCCACCCUGAAGGUGCACGUGGAGGAGGCUGCAAGCACAGAGCAGCUGCCUCCCAAAGCAGCAAGGCAAACACCUUCUCUCCCAGAAUCACAGCCAACACAAAACGCAAGCGAGCAGGAGCACACAGACUGCAGAGCUCCCGAGGACGAGGAGGCCACCUUCAGCUCCCCACUCAUGUUCUGGCUGCAGCAGGAGCGGAAGCGGAAGGAGGGCCUGGCUGAGAGGAAGCCCAAGAAAGGGCUGCUGUUCGAGAUCUCCAGCGACGAUGGCUUUCAGAUAUGUGCAGAAAGUAUUGAAGAGGCCUGGAAGUCCCUGACUGACAAGGUUCAAGAAGCUCGUUCCAACGCCCGCCUGAAGCAGCUCUCCUUUGCAGGUGUGAGCGGGCUGCGGAUGUUGGGCCUCCUCCACGACGCCGUUGUAUUCCUGAUAGAACAGCUCUAUGGAGCGAAGCACUGCCACAACUACAAGUUCAGAUUCCACAAGCCUGAGGAAGCAAAGGAGCCCCCCGUGAACCCGCACGGCUCUGCCAGAGCAGAGGUGCACCUCAGGAAAUCUGCCUUUGACAUGUUCAAUUUUCUGGCUUCUAAGCAUCGGCAGCCACCAGAAUACAAGCCCAAUGAUGAGGAGGAAGAGGAGGUGCAGCUGAAGUCUGCCCGGAGGGCAACCAGUAUGGACCUUCCCAUGCCCAUGCGGUUCCGGCACUUGAAAAAGACGUCCAAGGAGGCAGUUGGUGUCUACAGGUCUCCCAUCCACGGCCGGGGCCUGUUCUGCAAAAGGAACAUCGAUGCAGGAGAGAUGGUGAUCGAGUACGCCGGCAAUGUGAUCCGCUCCAUCCUGACUGACAAGCGUGAGAAGUAUUAUGACAGCAAGGGCAUCGGGUGCUACAUGUUCCGCAUCGACGACUCGGAGGUGGUGGACGCCACCAUGCACGGCAACGCGGCCCGGUUCAUCAACCACUCGUGCGAGCCCAACUGCUACUCCCGCGUCAUCAACAUCGACGGGCAGAAGCACAUCGUCAUCUUCGCCAUGCGCAAGAUCUACCGUGGGGAGGAGCUGACCUACGACUACAAGUUCCCCAUCGAGGAUGCCAGCAACAAGCUGCCCUGCAACUGUGGCGCCAAGAAGUGCCGCCGGUUCCUCAACUGAGCGGCCGCGUGGCACGGCCACGGGCACGGGCACAGCGGGCCGCGGGGCUCAGGGGCACGGCCAGGUGCAGGGCAGCCCUUGGCAGGGAGCUGGUCCAGCCGCCGCUCGCCCUGAAGGCGAACGUGGCUGCUUGGGUGCCGGGGGGGCGGCGCAGAGGGCAGUUCUUCAGAUGGGGAAUGAGCAUGGGGUGGCUGCUAGCUGACCUGGCCCGGCCCUCACUGGCAGCUCAGGGGCAGCUGCGUGGAGAUCCUGUGCCAGCGGUGGAGAGAACCCCGCCAGACACCCUCGCGCUCUUGCGAGCCCCCGCUCGUCAGGGGCUCCAGUCUGGACGAGUCGGCCCUUGCCAGGGAGCAGUCCCUGGCAGAGGGCGCCCGCUGCCCUGCCAGGCCUCGGAUCCAGAGAGGCCCUUCUCCCCCUGUGUCUGUGCCCCAGAUGGAAAUCCUGAAUUGGGAACAGACCGCUCCCCCCUCAGCAGGCCCGGGACCGUGUUCUGGUGGCUCCUGCAGCAGCUACAAGCGCCUCCCUCCCCCUGCUGUCUUGCGAACUAGGAAGAGAGCCCCUUGAGGGAGCGGGGCCUGAGGUGUGGGGCCCGCACUCCUGGCGAGCUGCAGGCUGUGAGUCCACUGCUCUGGGCAGUUUAGGAAAGCGGCUCUCCUUGCCUCCACCCCACCCAAGUGAGCUCCUGGCGCCCUUGGGGAGCCAGCGCAAGCAGCACGCCUCCCUCCCUUCCAGCCUUCUUCAGUUGCGCCCUCUUUAACUAUCUCAUUGGAUUUUUCAUGGUUCUGUUUACAGUUUAGUAUUUAAGGUUUUGUAAAUGUAAAUAUAUUUUGUAUAUUUUUCUAUGAGAAGCACUUCAGAGGGAAGAGCACUUAGGAGACUAUUUUUUCAAUUGUGGCGUCAUCCUAAUUUAAAUGGAUCCAUUUCCUGCCCUUUUUUCAUCGGAAGGGGCUUCAGGAGGGUGCUGGCCAAGCCUGCAGCCUGUCCCUCCCCCUGGAGCAGAGGCGGCUCACUGUCGUGGCCACGCUUUCCGGGGAGUUGCCUGGGCAAGGGCCAGGGCGUCGUGAGCAGAGGCCUUCCCACACACUCCAGAGGGACUCCUGGACAUCCUGUGUCGGGAUCUCCUCCUGACAGCAAGGCAUUUGGCUCACCUUGGAUGCGAGGGAUUCCCUUUGCCCCCCACCCCACCCCUUUCUUCCACGUCCAGCACCAGGGGGGUAAAUAUCCAGCUCCCAGCCAGUUCACCCCUCGUAGCUCGGCGUUUAUGGCCUCCUCUGCCUCGUGCCAGACCCUCCUCUGCCCUGCCUGCCUGGGCCCCUCCAGCGCAGCAGCGAGGAGCCGGCCUGUCCAGAGUGCCUCCCGCUGCCGCCCCUGCCACCGCCGAGCCAUGUCUCCCGGGCCAACCAGCACACUCUCCGUGGGGCCCCCACCAUCCCACCCACCACUGGCCCGGGGAGACGAGGCGAGCGCUACGAGGCCGCCUUCCUCGCCGAGCGAGCUUCACGUCCCUUUCUCCUCUGGGAAGGCAAGAGGGGAAGGGGAGUGUGGGCAGAAGCUGCCGCUGGCACGGGUGGCAGAGCCAGUGGAGAAGUGCUGAGCCUCCAGCCUGCAGGCCCAGGAGGAGCAGGACGCGUGUCCCCCACUGCUACCAAAGCUGUGCUCCGGCUGCCUGGCCCGGAGAGUCUGUCCCUGCUUCCCCCUCGGGCUCCAUGGAGGAAGGUGGCACGGCUCAGGGUGGGCCUGGGCUAGGGCCCGGGCUUGCAGGCAUCUCCUGCUGCUGGCCCGCUCCUGGCUGUAGGGAGCAGUCGCUGCCAAACCCCCCAGCCAGUCGGGCGGCUCGCAGGCCCCGGGGAGCCCACAUGCUGCUGCUGCCGGCUCCCCAGAGAGGCCUGGGAGCUCCGCCACCCCGGCAGCAGAGCAGAGGGAGCGGCUCUCUGCCGCUUCCCGGCAAUGUGAAUGUAUCUUUCCAAGAACUGACAUACGCAGAUCCUGUUCCCCGAGAAUACUAAGAGUCAAACCUUUAAGGUGUUUAUUUUUUUAAAGGAAAAGCGGGUCGCUGCAAAGGGCUGGGCUGUCACCCUUUUUCUUCAUUCUUCUCCAUUGCAAAGCAAUACUUCGUGCAGAAUCAUGUGGAUCCCAUCCGGACCGCCCGUCCCCCACACACACCCUGCCGUUUUUAGAAGUGUAACUAUGAUAUAUCUAUAGGAACUAAUAUCGUACUGCACUGUGUCUUGAAGCCUGGCUUUGAACCCUCCUGAAAACUUUCGAUACCAGUUGCUCCAAAGGGCGGGACAAGCAGUGAGCCCAGAGCUCCAGGGCCCAUCGGCACCUGCCUGCCUUCUCCAGGUGGGGCUUGGUAGGGGAGGAGGGUGGCAGCUGUUCUGGCCGAGUCCACCUGCAUGCGUACCCCCAGAAAGCGGGGGGUGGGCUUGGCUGUGGGUUCUCCUGCCCGUCAGUGUUUGCAGUCAGUCCUUGUACAACCUGUUUAUCGCCACUGCCGCCGCCUCUCCCUCCGCGGGGGCUCCACAUGGCGGCCGCAUCCUCCAACCGUGCUGUGUGCUUUCCUGGUAUUUUCACAAGGUCCUGCAGCUUUGCCUCAGCUGAGAACUGUGCUUGUGUUGUUCUUUUGAUGCAACGUAGCCGUCUUGACUAGCAGCAGGUAGUGAAUAAUUGUCUCAAGCCAUGCAAAAGCUACGCAAACAGGGUUCUGUUCCAGACAAGAAACGCAACUUAUCAUGUAAAACCAGUUUCUCUUUUUCUUCUCUCUACUUGUGUUCUUCCAAAUGAUUUGGGUUUUUGUUUUCUUUUUCUUUGAGAAGAGGAAAUGCGUCUCGUGCUGCAUCAGUGUUAAUUCCCUGUCAUUGUCACAGGGAUGAAGGAAGUACUUUCAAUAGUUCCAGUAAUGACUGAAAGACUGAAUGUAAAAAUAAGUGUAUAUAGUUGUACAAAAAAAGGAGUUUUUAAACAUGUUUAUUUUCUAUGCACUUUUUUAUUUAAGUGAUAGUUUAAUUAAUAAACAUGUCAAGUUUAUUGCUUCA